AUGGGUGAAACUAACCCGGCUCUAUCGACCCUCUCGGGCCCGACAUAUGUCACUGCCCAGACAUUGAUUCAGCAGGUGGCGUACCUAUUGAGUGAUAAGAUCUUCUCCUACUCUCCAGAGUCCUUCGAUCUCGACACUGCUCUUCGUGAAUGGUCCUCAGCUCAGGAGAAGAAUGUCAGCGGCGAAUCUCCUGUGGUCCAGUCUCUCGAGACCCGCCAGGGUGCUGGAAACAUGGCCCUAGGUUAUCUCUUCUCCCAGGACUUUGACUUAAAGAAGCGCCAUGUCCCCCAGGGCAUUGUUGCUUCGUCUGCGACCCUUCCGUAUAUGCGAUCUGCUCUGGAGCAACUCUCUUUGCUCUACUCCGUUGCCAGCCCUGUUGCUGCUCAUGUUGCUGCUGUCGACUAUGCUGGCGAUGAGGGCCUCGUUUCAGACUAUGCUUCGGCUCUUUCUCUGGCUGAAGAUCUCGGUUUUGGUUUGGUUUCGAGCGGUUCUGCCCACGAGUCUCAGCACAUGGCUCUUUUCACCACUCUGAUGGCUUCUGUCCUGCCCUCAAUCCAUAUCUAUGACGGCGUGCGCGUUGGCCGCGAGACAACUCGGGUUAUCGACGUCCUUGACAAGGAUAGCUUGACUCGUACAUAUGAGAGCAUUCGCAAGACUCUUGAUGAGUCUCGCAACCGUCACCUGGAUGCCCAGGGCAAGGUUCUUGAUCUUCUGAAGACCGUCAAUAACGAACUGGGAACCGACUACAGCGCUUUUGAGUACCACGGUCACUCGGAGCCCGUUUCCGUUCUCGUUGUCUUCGGUACUGUCGAGGCUGCUCUGGCUGCUCAGGUUGCUCGUUCCCUCGCCAAGGCUGGUGUUCACAUCGGCGUUGUCAACGUCCGUGUCUACCGUCCCUUCAUCGAGGAGGAGUUCCUGCAUGUGCUGCCCAAGACUGUCAAGACUGUUGGCGUUCUGGGCCAGGUUGCCAGCGAGCAGGCCGUUCAAGAGGAGGGCGUCCACUCCGCCCUGUACGAAGACGUUCUCGCGGCCCUCACCUUCGCUACGGAUCGUGAGCAAGCUCCGGCUUGCGUUGAGAUCAAGUACCCCCGUUCUCAGCGAUGGGACCUGAUAACCACAGCUGCAGCGUUCCAGCGGAUCUUUGAUAAGCCGAUUCUCCCUGUUGACACCGUCACCAAUGAGACCGUGCCGCUCCAACUUCUCGACCCGGCCACUGUCCAAGAGUAUACCUUCUGGGAUGUGGAUAACUCUGCUGCUGAGGAGGCUGCUCAUAACCUUAGCCGGGCCCUUGCUGCCGAUUCAGCCAGCAAUGUGACCACUAGCAAGGUUCACGACAACCUUGUUCAGGGUGGUGCCAUCCGCGUCGACGUCCGCAAGAGCGCCAAGAUUGUGGAUGCCCCGUAUGCGAUCUCGGCCUCCGAUGUCUCUUACGUUGGCAAUGUUGCUCUACUGAAUGAUGUUGACAUUCUUGCAUCCGUCAAGGAUAAUGCUAAAGUUAUUGUCAGCGCCCCAGGUAUCAAGGAUGAAGACCUCGAGAAGAAGCUGCCAGCUGCUUUUCGCCAGCAGGUUUCUCAGCGUGGAAUUUCUCUCUUUGUUAUUGAUGUGUCGGCCGCUGAGGACUCCUCUUUAGAAGGCCUCAUCAUUCAAGCCUCCUUCAUUCGCGUCGCUCUGCCUUCCCAGGAGGGCCUGGCUACUAAGAAACUGUCCUCCUUUGUCGGCAAUGCUGAGGCUCUAGAGAACGUAACAAAGGAUCUUGAGAAAGUUCUUCGUCGGAUCGAGGUUCCCGAGUCUUGGAAGGAACCCGAGGGCGUGAGCGAGGCUACCCAGCUUCCGAAGGAUAUCUCUGUCAACAGCUUUGCUGCCUUUGACAAGAAUGAAGCAGAGCCCGCAACUCUUCUCAAGGACUGGGAGACUGCUGCACGCGGUCUGGCAUUCAAGGAAGCAUUCGGCACCAAGAACGCACUCCGCCCCGACUUGGCUACCAAGACUUUCACUGUCCACGUCAAGGAGAAUCGUCGUCUUACCCCUGUCACCUAUGAUCGUAAUAUUUUCCACAUUGAGUUUGACCUGGGUGACUCUGGCCUCACUUAUGACAUUGGUGAGGCCUUGGGUGUUCACGCCGAGAACGACCCCGAGGAUGUUACCAAGUUCAUCGAAUUCUAUGGUCUGAACCCCGAUGCUAUUGUCGAGGUUCCAAGCCGCGAGGAUCCUGGUGUUCUCGAGAACCGCACCGUGUACCAGGCCUUGAUCCAGAACGUUGACAUCUUCGGUCGCCCGCCGAAGCGUUUUUACGAGGCUCUGUCUGAUUUCGCCACUGACGAGAAAGAGAAGACUGACCUCCGCACCCUUGGUGGUCCUGACGGUGCUACAGAGUUCAAACGUCGUGCGGAGGUCGAUACUGUCACCUUCGCCGAUAUUCUGCUUGAGUACCCCUCUGCUCACCCUGACUUCCACGAGAUUGUUCGCAUCGUGGGUCCUCUAAAGCGCCGCGAGUACUCUAUCGCCUCUUGCCAGAAGGUGACCCCCAACAUCGUUGCCCUGAUGAUUGUCGCCGUUAACUGGACCGGCCCCAACGGUCGCGAUCGCUUCGGUCUUGCCACCCGUUACCUCAGUCGUCUGCAGGUUGGUACUCCGGUCAGCGUCAGCGUCAAAUCCAGUGUUAUGAAACUGCCUCCCAAGUCCACCCAGCCUCUGAUCAUGGCUGGUCUUGGUACCGGUCUUGCUCCUUUCCGCGCCUUUGUCCAGCACCGCGCUCUCGAGAAGGCACAGGGCAAGGAAAUCGGUUCUGUUCUCCUGUAUAUGGGCUCUCGUCACCAGCGCGAGGAGUACUGCUACGGUGAGGAAUGGGAGGCGUACCAGGAGGCUGGCGUUAUCACUCUUCUCGGCGCUGCAUUCUCGCGUGACCAACCUCAGAAGAUAUAUAUCCAGGAUCGCAUGCGCCAGACCCUUCCCGAGAUCAUGCAGGCAUACAUCCGUGAGGAGGGUGCUUUCUACCUGUGUGGUCCCACCUGGCCCGUCCCUGAUGUGACCGCUGUUUUGGAGGAGGCGAUUGCCACCGAGGCCAAGAACAAUGGCAAGAAGGUUGACACCCGCAAAGAAAUCGAGAAGCUUAAGGAUGAGGAGCGCUAUGUGUUGGAGGUGUACUAA